GACCUGCUGCCGAGGAGAACCCACAGACAUUGACAGACCCCGACGGCCGGAGGGAACACACACAACCUGUUCACGUGCAACAAGUGUCAGCUGGAGCUCAUGACAGGACCCCAGCCCAUCUGAAGCGCCACAACAGAGGCUGCAACACACAGCACAGGCUCGUCCCGCCGUCUGUCCACCAGGGACCACCGGAGGCCCUGAAGCCACAUAUUCCACCUCAGCAGGACCAAAACUUUUUCUUAUCUCCAUUUGUCAAUCAUUGGAGGAGAUAUUUUCAGUCAAAAAUGAUGGAGGAUCACCUUGCAAAGAUACCCAUGAUGCCGUCCUCUUCCCCCACUGAAUCAUCUGGCAGCGGUGGGACUGAUGACAGCAGGGGAGCCAAGAGUCCAGCACCGGGCAAAGCUCUGAGCCCGGCUCUAGUCUGCAAAGUGUGUGGAGACACCAGCAGUGGGAAACACUACGGCAUCUACGCCUGCAACGGCUGCAGUGGCUUCUUCAAACGCAGCGUGAGGAGGAGGCUCAUUUACAGGUGCCAGGCUGGUACAGGCAUGUGUCCAGUGGACAAGGCUCAUCGCAACCAGUGCCAGGCAUGUCGGCUGAAAAAGUGCCUGCAGGCGGGCAUGAAUAAGGAUGCGGUGCAGAACGAGCGGCAGCCACGCAGCACAGCUCAGGUCCACCUGGACUCCAUUGACGUGGACCCCGAAAAGGAACACCUGGCCACCACGCGGGAACCCACCUCCUCUUCCUCCUCCUCUUCUUCCUCAUCUUCUUCAUCAUCCUCCAAUGGGUCCGUCAUCACGUGGCCCCACAUCACCUCCUCUAUGUCCAUCACUUCCUCUGUUGCCACUCAGCGUUGCACCAGUCCCCAGAACAACCACCGCUUCAUGGCAAGCCUCAUGACAGCCGAGACCUGCGCCAAGCUGGAGCCUGAGGAUGUUGAUGAAAACAUAGAUGUGACCAGCAAUGAACCAGAGCGGGCGUCUUCAGAGUACCACAUGGCUCUGUACCCGUCCAGUUCUGAAAACAUAUAUGAGACCUCAGCGAGGCUGCUCUUUAUGUCGGUGAAAUGGGCCAAGAACCUGCCAGUGUUCUCCAACCUGCCCUUCAGAGACCAGGUGAUCCUGCUGGAGGAAGCAUGGAGCGAGCUCUUCCUCCUCUGCGCCAUCCAGUGGUCUUUGCCACUAGACAGCUGCCCACUGCUCUCUUUGCAGGACCUCUGUCCAGGCAUGCAGGGAAAAACCAGCUACACCAGCCUGGACCUGCGCCUCCUGCAGGAGGUCUUCAGCCGCUUCAAGGCCCUCGCUGUCGAUCCCACCGAGUUCGCCUGCCUAAAGGCCAUUAUGCUCUUCAAGCCAGAGACUCGAGGUUUGAAAGAUCCAGAACAAGUGGAGAACCUGCAGGAUCAGUCACAAGUCAUGCUGGGACAACACAUCCGGUCACACUACCCUAGUCAACCAGCCAGGUUCGGAAAGCUGCUUCUUCUCCUUCCCUCUCUGCGCUUUGUGAAUUCUGAGCGGAUCGAGUUGCUGUUCUUCCACAGAACCAUUGGAAACACUCCCAUGGAGAAACUGCUGUGUGACAUGUUCAAAAACUAAAAGCAUCACAGAGAAACCUGCGUAGUCAUCAAUAAUCUCCUGGUCGGGAUGGGAUGAUCAAUGACAGAUAUUUGCUUUGUAUAUAUACCAGAGAUUGUGCAUGCUGUUAUUUUUUGUAUUAUAUAUAUUUUUUUUGUCAUUUCCACAUCAGGUAAUCUAUCAAAGAAGAAAAUGCUGUUCAGUUCUUGUCAUCAUGCUUUCUGUUUGUAUCACAUGAAGAGUCUGAAUUGAGGUUACGGUCACGCUUAAUCCUGUAGCUUUUUUGGGGGGAAGGGGGGGGGUGUAAAAUAAAAAUUCUUUGUUUGGUAAUAGAUGGACUGUUUGUGUGCCCCUGCUGAUGUUAAUGUGACUGUUGUAUUCAUGUUGUCAUGCCUUGAAAAAGUAAAAGAAACUAAAAAGUGUU